AUGCGGAGGCAGACUCGCUCCUCGGGUGGCGCCGGCCUGCGCGGCUGCCGGGCGCGGGGCCCGGCGGAACGGCAGCAGCAGAAGGUGAAGGAGCAGCGGGAGCGGUGGAGGCGGCGCACGGUACGGCGGAUCAGGGCGGCGGAGCGGAGCCCCCAGCGCGCCCAUAGCAGCCCUGCUUUAUGGAGGCCCUGGAUGCUCACAGCAAGAAACAGUGAGAUGACAGAGAAUCAACAAAUGUCACAACUGGAUGGCCAACCAAUAAAUUUUAGAUCAAAAGGAGCCCUGGGGUUUCAACAUCCAGUGAGACUUUAUUUGCCCAAGUCCAAAUCCCAAAAGUUUCUUAAUAACAUCGGAGAGAAGGUUCUGGCAAGUUUUCCAGUACAAGCUACAAUUCACUUCUACAAUGAUGAUGGUGACUCUGAGGAAGAUGAAGAAGAAAUCAAUUAAUAACGAACGUCGGUCAUCCUUGACAAACACAAAAAUAAAAUAAUCGCAAGGUAAAAAAGGAACUGUCAUAAACAUAUGGACAAACUUCUGAAUGAACAAAGAAAUACAUCAAAGCUCAUAAGAAAACUAUUUAUAACUAUCUUGCCAAGAAGAAUGAGUCAAUGCAAGGGGAAACUAAGAGGAAACCCUUUUGUGUUUUGAGAUACUUUUAAAUAAAACCCAGAAGUUGAGUAAGAUUAAAAUGUUUUAAAUUGAGUUGGUUUAAGUAAUGCAGAUUAAGAACAUUAAGAGCGCUGUACUUAGGUGCUCACUAUUUCUUUGCAUUGCGGUCCUGAUAAAAUUAAAAUCGGAUUGAUUACGGAGCAAAAUAACGUAACAUACAGGCCCAAAACAACCCAAAGACUUUGAAACACAACAUUUGUAAUAAUUUAAGUAAGGAAUUAUUUAAAAUCCAAAGACUAUUGCUUCUCAGCUCCAUGGGGCAUGUUUAUUCUGAUAUAAAUGCUGUAUGACAAAUUGAACUGAUACAUUUCAAGAGAGAUUACAGUAUAUCUCUGUGUCAGGACACAUUCUAAAUGACAGUUGUGAUAUUUUCUGCAGUCCUGUCAUUCUGUUACUACCAGAUUUCUUCCCUUUAGUCAGAAAAGUGCCUUUUUCUUAGCUAGAAAAACAAAAAGUCAACUUUGAUUACAAAGUAUAACUUAAUUCAAUCACACAUUACACAUAUGCAUUAUGUGCUAUCUUUGUUUUUACCACAGUAUUAAAAUCCUAUUUUUAUGGCUUUGUGCAUUUGAAUCUAUAAUUUUAAUGUAACAGACCUAUAGUUCAUUUCCAUCUAGUGGGGUUUGGAUACGUAUUUUACUACCUUUGACUACCUUGACAUCUCCUUUACUACAAGGUUUAAUACCUUGACAUUUCUUUUAAACAGAUGUUCAGGAAGAUGGUAGUUACUAAUUUUCAUAAGCAUCUUUAUGUUAUGUACAAUGUAGACACAUUUAUUCCAACACUGUUAUUCCACUAGCGAAAACUGCUUUUUCAGUAGUUUAUUUCAUUCAGAGUAUUUUUAUAAUCUGUUGUGCUUAACCCUCUGUUUGCAUAAAUUGUGUAUGCCCAGAGAGUUUGCCAGCACUUGUCUUGUUAUGCAGGCAUGUUUUAAUUAGCUUAAGGAUUAACUAUUUGGCUCCAGUAUCUUUCAGAAUUAUUAGGUUUCAAAUAUCUUAUCUCUGACCAAAACUGCCACAGUUUCACCAGAGACAAGCAAAGGCAGAAUCUAAGAUUCUUGAACUUUUCUACACUACUGUCGGUGGUGUAGAUAAGGUCACACACUUCUAAGAGCCACUUGAACUGUGUGUGUCAGCUCUUCCUCUUAGUACAAUGUACUGUCAAACAAAGCAGUAGUGUUACAAAUCCUAAGUCUAGUAAAUUAGGAUUCCAAAUGAAUGAAUAUAUUAGAAUGCAGGAUUUUUUUAUAAAAAUCUCCAUUUACAAACUAAAAAGUGGAUCUAUUAAUUAAAUUUACACAAGGAGACAGCAUCCUAAAAUAUACAGAAUUACAAGAACUAGUUGAAAUUGUAAACCCUGGUGUGAAACAUAAAAAAUCAGCUUUUACAUUUCACUUAUCCAUCAUCUCCAUAUCUUCCCGUUCCAACAUAUGGAACUAAAAUACAGACAUUUUAAAGGUCUUUCACUUCUCUCACAAGAUAUCCUGAUUUUUUUUAUGCUUCAGCUUCACCAUUAUUCAGUCUGUAGCACAAACAAACAGAAAAGCCUCCAAGGUCACUUAGAAGGUUGGCAAUGACAUAUUCCCUACAAUGGCUAAAUUCUUGUAUAUUAAGUCUCAACUUCUUCCUUCAAGAAACUCUAGUUUCCAUCAGUGCUCAGCUGAGUUCAAUCCUAAAAUUUGAGUUCUGCCAUUACCUCAAGUCCUGAGCAGGGCUUUUUGUCACCUUUCAAUUUCAAUCUGCACUAUGACACAAACCAGCCUGGCUACUGCUGAAUCGCUCUGAUCUUCAUGAAGGAUUGCUGGAAUCCGGAAGGAUGUGUUGAAAGAACCACCUCCACCCUCUAGAAAAGUAGUGGUUACCACACCAGCCCCACGCAACACAGUGCUCCCUAGCACACGCACGAUACUGAAGAGCUGUUUGCCUUACACACGAAUCGUUACCAUUUGAGGCUCCAUUCUGUAAAAGGAAUACUCUGUAGGUUCUUCCUUACCAAUCCUCACCUUUCUACCUGUUACUUCCUCCUUUACUGCUUCUGCACCUGCCUUGCAGGUUACUCUUCAGAGAAGCAUCAGAUGAGACCAGUGUUUCAGGCACAGAUGCCCAGCAAGAGCUAGUGUAACUGUCAUUGCAGGAUAGCAAUGAGGACCACAGUAUACACAGUGACCAUGUGACAUAAAUAGGGGCCAGCUUCAGUUCCAACUGAGACUGAUCUUUCUGCAGCUCUUUAAGGAGAGGUUUUGAGCUGGAGGAAUUAGGAACGGAUGGGACUAUGUGUUGAUAUUGAGGGUUAGUUAUUAACUCUGGACACCAAUCUUCAAAAGCUCUAUCUGGAAACACGCUAACUGCAGCUGGGAUGACUAGCAGAAGUUACUGUCUUUUGACAAGGAGAGCUUUUGAAGAUCUGUGUCCAGAGUUAAUAACCAGUCUUCAACACUGUAUCUUCCAGGCACUCACUCCAUUUGAGUGGAGCUUUGUUAUUCUGUCCUCUCACUAGCUGGUGGUCAACCAGUCUGGAAUUGCAAAUGGCUCAUCGAGAUGUGUGAAAAAGCCUCCUGGACAAGCACCAGCAGCAUGCCAGGUUCUAAGCUGGUUUUCAGUUGGUAAAGUCUACUGAGUAUUCUGGGAAACGGAAAGCAUUGGCAUCAGUGUGUUGGCAAAGAACCUUUGGUCAGUAGAAAAAGUUUCAGAUUGUGUAACUGGAAAAACAAGCAACACGAGAACAGACACAGCAUAGACAGUGACCAUGUCUACUAACGGAACUAUACCCAUACUAGACAGGGCAUCUUAUUCCAAGUUUCCUGGUAAAAUCUCCCAGCAGUAUCUGAACAUUUUGAACUUGUCCAGAAUUUCCAGACGUAGAGCAAACCAAGUGGGACUGUAGCUGCAUUAAAAAUAAAAGAGGAGCAGAAAAGAGGAGCAGACACAACCUCUGGCUAAGGCAUUGUUGCAGGCUAGGGGAGAAUUCUGGGGAAAUACUAUUCACUUCUUGCUGUCAUCUUUUCUCUUACUGCUGUAGCAGGCACCAUGGGCCAGUGUUGGAGGCAAGACAUUAGUUAUAUACACUUUGAUCUUGUAUGGAAGAGCCAUUUUGGUGUUCAUACAUGAGCUACAUCCUGGAUGUUUCAGAUGUAGAUUUAACGACACAAGCAAGUGCUGCUACAAAUCCACACUUCUGAAACAGAAAAAAAAUAUCCUAAGUGUGUUCUUUGAGAUAGUAGAACAGACAUCAUUAUUAGAAAAAAAACAAUUGGAAAAUGGAUGGCAAUCUUAGCAAAGGCUGUUAGAAAUAUCAAAAUAAAUCAUAUUGCACGUCUGUUGAGGUCUGACACCAUGUUAUCAGCCUAAACUGAUACAAUUUCUCAGUCUCUGCAAUGCAUUUCAUUUGGUUUCCCCUCUAUUGUCAAAUUCCAUUUUCGAAUUAAGGUAAUACUACUGUACUAUUAACCUGAUUGCUGAUAUUUAACUACAGUCAUUAGAGGAAGCUAAAACUGUAUUACUCUUUUCCCAUCAGGCCAUUUUUCUUCUCAGAUAACUGUCUUUUCAUGUUACAAUGUCAACAUAUCCUUAUUUGCACACUUAAAUAAAAUGUGCAUUGCAACCCCUUACCAGUUUGUUAAUAAUUAAAAGUGUAAUUGUCUAGCAUCUCUUUUAUUUGACUGCAGUUAACUUCCAGUUUUCAGUUCUCAUUUGUUACUUCGUUUGUGAUUUGACCUUGUUAAGCUUUCAGUAGCCUUAGAAUCAUUCAUCAUUUACAGGAAAAAGAUAACAAAGCACUGCCAAACAAUGACUUCAUCGUGAGCUUACUACGUCAAAGACAAGACUAGAAACAUAGCAUCUGAUGGAUUAAAUUGUUGGCUUGGGAUCACUGUCCCACAGAACUUCCCUUAGUAGUUCAACAGCUGCAAUGUUUCCAGUAAAAGCUACCUUCUUAUUUCCACUGUCUGAAGUUAUGAGAACAAAAGACGUUAAUGUUCCACUGGUACAUGAAUGCUGUACACGUAACUAGCCAACAUCUACAAUUUGAUAUUUCUAUUGUCUGUAAUCAUGUGAAAAAUCAAAAUUAAAAUAUGUUCAUAAAAUGGUCUUGAAUUUUACUUCCAAGUUCU